AUGUCAAACCCACCAGAACUGCACGAUACGCUGACGACUUCGGACGCCGGUCCCUCAUCACUCCCUUCUUCCCCGAGGCCUCAAUCACCUAAUGUAGAUCUCACCAAGCCUCUUCGCAGACAAAGAUCACAAACUCGAUUCACGAAGCUUAUAGCUCCUGGAAGAUCAAGAAGCUCUUCCAAUGCUUCUCUAAUCAGUAUAAAUCAAGAAGAUACAGGUGGCUCCAGUGGGAGGAUCACUCCUGAGCUCCGACGAAGAGCGGGUAAAGCUGCUGCUAGUUCGCUACUGGCUAGUGAUGCAAAAUAUAAGAAAUAUGCUUUAGCGGUCGAUAAAAGUUUGCAAGCUUUUGAAAGCAUCAAUGAAUGGGCAGACUUUAUAUCAUUUCUUUCGAGAUUACUCAAGACCCUACAAACACCUUCACCGUCGUAUCCUGAGGUACCUCGAAAACUGAUCGUUUCGAAACGGUUAGCACAAUGCCUGAAUCCCGCAUUACCAGCUGGGGUACAUCAAAGGGCGUUGGACGUAUACGCAUAUAUUUUCAGCACUAUAGGUACUGAAGGGCUGAAACGAGAUCUCUUAAUAUGGUCAUCAGGUUUAUUCCCCUUCUUUCAACAUGCGACUACUUCAGUCCGACCAACUCUCAUCAAUAUAUAUGAGACUUAUUACCUCCCUCUAGGAGCUGAUAUCAGACCUGCUACUAAAGCUCUAGUUUUAGCUUUGUUACCUGGGAUGGAGGAAGAAACGGGUGAUUUCUUUGAAAGAAUCCUAUCUCUUCUCGAUAAGGUGUCUGAAGCAAUUACUCCGUCCUUUUUCCUGAAGAACAUCUUCCUGAUCUUGUUAUCAUCACCUCAAUCUCGACUCUCAGCGCUGAACUUCUUGUCAAGAAGACUGCUUAGUCCUCCUGAAGAUACUGGACAAGACGUUGGACUAAUUAUUCGGGGAGUUUCAGCUGUAUUAACCGACGAAAAUAUCCUGGUGAGAAGGCAUGGGUUUGAUCUCCUUCUGAGAGUAUUGAAACUAGAUGAAUCCCUUUUCAAGGAAGCCGACAGGAAGGAUCAGGAGAUCUUGAUACGUGCUGCUUGUGGUGUGGUACUUCAGAGGGAGCUAUCCUUAAGUAGAAGAGUAUACACCUGGUUCCUUGGAGCUGGGGAAAGUCCUUCAGAUCAGAUAAGGUAUUUCAACGAGAACGGAUUGGAGAUACUAGCUUCAACGCUACAGAACGACAUGGAGUCUUUAAGCUCUCGCACGGACCUAGCUGAGGGACAGAAACCGUUCAAGAUCUUUCUUUCUCUUCUUGAUAAAUGGGAAGUAGGAUCUGCCCUUUCUGAACGACUAGCCAUUCCGGCUUUGCAAGCCAUCAAGAAUUAUUCUACUACCUCAAAAGACGUUCUUCCUGAAGAGGUCAUCGCAACAGGACUCGCAGUCUAUGAGGCUAUAGAACCUAUGGCUAUCGAAAUGGUUCAAUGGCUACUUACCUCUAUACCUCAACACGACGAGGAAGUAAACUCGAUCCACGUACCUAUACUCCUUGCUACGAUGCUGAGGGUGAUUUCGUCAGGCACAUUGACGGUCAACUUAUCAAUCCGGACGUACCGUCUUGCCACAUCUCUAUUAAGCCUGAUCGACCCUACGACUUUCGCUAAAGCACGUUUCGCCAUGUCAGAGGCUUACUCUGAUCAGAAGGGCAUAGCCGAGAUGCUUUACGACACCAAUGGAGAACCUCGCGUCGUGCACGAAAGGCUUAAUAGUGAACUUCUACCUCGUAUCGUGACGACAUCUUUCGAGAUAUCAGAAGCCGCUCUAUCGCGUUCUCAAGAAGAACCUGAAAAUCUUUCAAACGCUAUGAGUAUCGUUUCAAUGUUAAUCGAAAAGGAAGCUCCUACGUUAGCUGCCAUUGAUGUGUCAACAUGGCUGGCAAAGAUAGUCGAGACCUUAUCUCAUGUGUCCUCCUUUGUCAUCGUCGAGGUACUGGUAACGGUUGCUCUUAAAGCGUCUCGUUGUUCCGCAAUUAAUCCUCCGGUAUAUAUUACGUCCGAUAAAACAAUGUCUGCCAUCCUCGAUGCUGUGAGUCCUAUUAUCUUGUUAAGUGCGCUGACGUUCCAGUUGUUCCGUUAUCUUCGGCCUGAUGCUGCUCCGUAUCACAUCCGAGCAGUCGAACUACUUUGGGAAUAUAACCAGCUUGCAGAGGUGUAUACUCUCGAGAAUGUCAUUGCACGUAGACUGGCGUCAAUACCAUUCAGUAGUGCAGCUUUUGAUGCUUUUGGGAUUUUCUGGCGAUUGACUGAUGAUUCGAUGCUACCAGGAGAAAUUUUCAAUCUUCCCAUUAGCCUUGUACUCGAUGCUCUCAAGUCUUCAGACCCCGAUAUCCAACGUCAAGCUGAAACUUGGAUGAGAUUGAAUCUUCGAUCCUAUUUCCGCGUUCUUGAUCCUAUCAUCGGGGGUCUACUUGAUCCUGCCAUUCGGUAUCAAGAUGACACGUACGCUACGCCAGUCGAUUUUAGCUUAAUAAAGUAUCAACUGGAAACUGUCUCGGUCUUAUUCAAGUUUGGGGGUCAGGGUCUAAGUAAAGCUUGUUUGUCAACGGAGAUCAAACAUUCAGUACAUCCAACAUUAAUCAAGAGAGCCGAGACAGCGUUUCCAAGUGCCGUCUCAUACCUGGAGGUGAUGAUGCUACUCCUGACCAGAUUCAUUCGAGCUGAAGGUUCCCCUUCCAUGCGAAAGGCUGCACCUCUGAUUGUCCGGGUUCAGAGUGCCGCUCUUGAUCUAUUGCAGACAAUCGUAUCCCGUGGUGAUGUCUACCACCAGCAGUUGAAUGACCUGAAGACCGCCCUUGUGGUCAAACUUUCGGCAGCCGUUAGACAUCGUCAAUUGACCUUACAAAGCAAAAUGCUUCAUCUCCUCCAUUCAGCAAUCACCGCUUCCACCCCCCACCAACCACUCAAUCAUCGUCGGACCCCCUCUUUGAAUAACGAAAAAGCGGCUCUUGCCUUGCCCCCUUCUGAGAUGGAUUUCGAGAUCAAUCUGGUGAAGAUGAUAGUGGAAGCCGUAUCGUCUUCUGAGAAUUUUCCAGUGCUCCAACAUUGGAUUGACUUUGUUUUGAUGACUAUACCUCAGAUUUCUAGUUCUAGAUCAGGUCUUCUACAAGCUUUAUCGGAAUGCUUCGCUCAACAGUUACGGUAUCUUACUAUCCAUAUCGAUAGUGUAUAUGCUAGGUCGACAGUCUCAAUGGGAGAUGAAAGGCUGAGGGUGACAGAUGCGGAAGUAAUAAUGAUUCUUAAUGCCUUAGAACGGGUUUUAACAGUUUUAUCAUUUGGACACGAAACGAAACCUGAAAUGGAAGGUAAACAUGGAGAAAACGAGAAAGGUCUUUUAGGUUUGAUGUCUGGUGUAUUCACUGUUGAACCACCUCCCAACCUAUCUUCGAGAACUGAAUAUCCCAGAUAUCUCGAUGAUGCUAUUCACGCUCUAUUGGUAUCAUGGGCUAUCACAAUACCACAAUCAAAAACUCAGAUACAGAGUCCCACUUCAUCCAGAGAUCAUACAUAUGAGAACAUCAGGUCACGAGUCAGAAAAGUCUUAGAAAAGACUUUUAAAACUCAACCGUUGGAAGUCAUCACUAGCUGUGUCCAUGUAUGGGCAACUAACUCCAACGAGAUCAACGACUCCGCAAUAUUCGACUGCGUCGACACUUUAACACCAAGUGCACAGAGAUUAGUUGAAUUAGUGUGUGAAUCUGUUUCAGGGAAAUCAGCGAGAAAUUCGUCUGAUUUCAGAGCCAAUCCCGCCUAUCUAGCUUUUUUGGAGGCUUACAUUUUUAGAUUGGAAGCUCCUAUAGCUGUACAAGUGUGGACAACCCUUUUCGGAUUUGCAAAAGAUGUUAUCGGAUCAUUAGGCUCUACAUCGGCCAGAUCUCAGCUGUUCCCAAUUCUCAAAUGCCUGACAGCUCUAUCACUCACUGUUUCCAGAACCAGUGCAUUGGAAGACAGGAGACUUCGAAGAGAUCUUCAGGACACAUAUGCAAAGCUAUUGGAUCUGGUAGUCACUAAUGCUACAAGAAUUACUGAAGUGGGAAUAUGGUCUCGCGCUUUGCACAACAUGAAUGAAGAAGAUCAGGAGCAAACGAUAACAAUAGAAGAGGGCCUUGAUCAGAUCUACAACUUCCUCACUGCUUUGACUCCAAAUCUAAGGGUACUUCUCACUGAUGCGGACAAAGUGAAUGCUGCUUGUAGUGGCAUUAUGUUGACCAUUGUUACUCCUGCUUUGAAAAAGCAAAAGGUUGAGCCGAACAUACUUAGGCUAUUACUUGAGAUAAGCAGGAUACCUUCAGCCACAAAGACAUGGCGAAUCCAAAUAGGCGAAGUCUUCAACGAUCCAAGAUUUUUCAAGCUAAAAUCUAGCGAGGAAGUCAGAUAUUGGAAAGCUUUGAUUUGCAGUUUGAUGGAUUCCGAUAAAGAGAGGUUCGGUGAUGUGCUUGGUAAAAUCGUAUCGGCAUCAUCAGCUAAUAUCUUCUCAAAUCGCGAUCAAGAGAUGCUAGUCAAAGCUCUCAACCUCAGAAGGUUGAGUUUCAUCUUGUUGGCUGCAGAUAUGAAUCAGCAUCUAGUACAAUUGCCGGCUAUACAAGAAAGACUUGUGGAAAUGUUAAGGAGUAGCCAAGUUUCUCCUCGAGUGCACAGUGAAGUGUACCUUUGUUUGAGAGUUUUGUUAUGCCGAAUCUCACCUCAACACUUGGCCAAUUUCUGGCCAGUCAUCCUUGCUGAGCUGUUGCGUAUCUUCGAACUGACAAUGGACGAUCCACCUGAAGACGGUUCCGAAAGUUUACAGCUAGUACUUGCUGCUUGUAAAUUCUUGGAUUUAUUGCUAGUUAUCCAAUCUGAGGAUUUCCAAGUGCACCAAUGGAUGUUCGUGACUGAUACGACUGAUGCUGUCUAUCCCUCAGAAGAACAUAGUCCAGAAGCGAUAAUGGAUAGUCUAUCCAACAUCCUGAAUGAAGGUCAGAGGGAAAGACCUGUAACAAUUGGUACGGAUGAUGAAUUGUUGAUAAUCUCCGAUCAAACCGAGACCGAGUUGAGAAAGCCUCGUCUAUUAAGAAUCAAAUCUCUCACUAGUAUCUACCAACUUCAACCGUUCUUCUCUCGAGCGAGUAUAGAUACGUUCGAAGGUGUUUUUGAAGGAAAUGCGGUAGAUUGGGAAGCCAUUGAAAGUGGCUUAAGCGAGGAGAUCUUCGAUAUGUGA